AUGGAAGAGUACUUCUCUGCAAUCCGCAAGAUGGAACAUGCGGUUAUGUUUCCCAGCCUCCUCAGAGGCGUCUACAUGGAACAACAGGAUGACACAUCCACUGGUGAUUUUGGCAACAGGGACCUGUACGAGUAUUACAUGCAACUGAAAUCCAUCAAACUCGCGGUGGAGGGUAGACUGGCGCCUCUAAAUGAAAGCAAACACCAAAUCACCAGCAGAGAAGAAGUACAAGAGAACGGAGAGGAGGCCGAUCUUGAAGGACUGCUUUAUCAUCACUUUACAGGCUUGUAUCGUGUCCUGACCCAUCUGACCAGAAAAGCCAAUGCCCUGACCAGAAAAUACAAUGAAAUUAUAGGACAGAUCAACCAGAGUGAAAUUACGCUUACCUGGUGA